AUGACAGAUCCUGCCUUGGUUGAAGAAUGGAAACAAACCAAGACAAUAGGUAUCAUAGGAAUGGGCGAUAUGGGCCAAUUGUAUGCUGAAAAGUUCACACAACAUGGUUGGAAGGUAGUAUGCUGCGAUCGAGAAGAGAGGUUUGAAGAGCUGACAGAUAGUUGUAAAGGUCAAAGAUUCACUGUUCUUAAAAAUGGGCAUCUGGUUUCGAGAGUCAGUGAUUACAUUAUUUACAGCGUCGAAGCUGAAAUCAUUGACAAGAUUGUAAAAGAGUACAGUCCGUCCACAAAAGUGGGAAGCAUUGUGGGGGGCCAAACCAGCUGCAAAAGCCCGGAAAUAAGAGCUCUCGAAAAGCAUCUGCCUCCCGAUGUGGAUAUUGUUUCUGUACACUCGCUCCACGGACCACGAGUGAACCCAGAAGGUCAGCCGCUUGUUCUGAUCAAACAUAGAUGCCACGAUGAACAGUCAUUCCCCUUUGUGGAAGCAGUGAUGUCAUCUCUCAAGAGCAAGCACGUUUAUCUGACAUACGAGGAACAUGAUAGAAUUACAGCAGAUACUCAGGCCGUGACACACGCAGCGUUUUUGAGCAUGGGUGUCGCAUGGUACAAAAAACAGCUCUACCCGUGGACAAUCGGCGUUAACAGAUGGUAUGGUGGAUUUGAAGAUAUCAAAGUGAACAUCUCGCUGCGAAUCUUUUCAAAUAAAUGGCAUGUCUAUGCUGGACUAGCAAUCACCAAUCCAGCGGCACACGAGCAGAUAAUGCAAUAUGCAAAAAGCGCUACUGAGUUGUAUGCGCUAUUUCUACAAGACAAAAAGCACGAGUUGAAGGAAAGACUCUAUGCGGCCAAGAACUUUGUGUUUGGCAAACAAUCGGGUCGACUGCUUCUGGACGACUCCAUCUUGGAGGGCUACUCGCUAAGCAAACAUGUUCCACAAGAAGGCGAGGAAACGCUUCCGAACUCACAUCUGUCACUGUUGGCGAUCGUAGACAGUUGGCAUCAGCUGCAAAUUAACCCCUACGACCACAUCAUCUGCUCUACACCACUGUUCCGAAUCUUCCUGGGCGUGACGGAGUACCUUUUCAUGACACCGGAAUUGCUGGAAAGAACUAUCGACGCAGCAGUAAACGAGACAGCUUUCCGCGCUGACGAUUUGGAAUUUGUGAUUGCCGCUCGCUCAUGGAGCUCGAUUGUGUCGUUUGAGAGUUAUGAUCUGUAUGAACGUCAGUUCAAAGAAGUACAGAACUUCUUCAAACCUAUGCUUUCCGAGGCUAACGCAAUCGGGAAUGAAAUGAUAAAGACCAUUUUGCGGCAUUCCGACGAAACUAGCACUAGCAAAUGA